AAUUCACCAACUGUUUGCUUAAUAAUAAAGUUUGUUGUACGACAAACACAAUAAAAAAACAACUUUUGCAAAGUUUACAAAGUGGUUUGUAGGAAAUAAAAAAGCGUGGAAGAUAUAAAAAGUAAUUUUAAAACAGAAUGGAAUCCACGCUUAUACCGCAAGAACAACAGAGAGGGCCAAGCAUUGAGUUUUUAAAAACACCAUCUGGUGUGUUAAUGUUAAUAAAUUUUAUUCUUCUGUUCAUAUCUUGGUGUAUUGUGGCAGGCUGGAGAGGAGCAAUCGAUGGAACAUUAUCCAAUACAAUAGAGAAUGAAACAGGAUUUUAUUUAUUUACUACUGUGUUUCCAUGGAUACUAUACAUUGUCAUCUUCAUUAUCCUUAUUUUUGGUUUUCAAAAUAACAUGACUGCUAUAAAUUGGCCAUUAGCUUUUGUCAUCAACUGCGUCAUUUGGGCGUUUCUACUAUUCAUAUCUUCUUGUGUCAUUGCCAGCAAAACAAAUGACAGUGAUAUACUGGAGAGUCAAAGAUUGAAAGCAGCCACGGCAUUCGGUUUCUUCAGCUUAAUUGGUUUGUUGUUGCAAGCAUUUUUCCACCAUCGGGAAUUCAAGAAAUCCUCAUCUUCACCCGUUUAAUUUAUAAACUCUCUGCUUUUAAAUUCUUUCCUGUUUAGAGAAUUAUGGUUAUUUAGCUAGUCUACUAUGUAUUUCCUUUAAAUAAAUGCCUGCAAAUCUUUCUU